AUGUUCAGGGAGUUGCAGCGCCGUUCCUUUUGGAGGGCAGUGCUGGCUGAAUUCCUGGGAAUGACCAUCUUUGUUUUCCUGAGCACUGGCUCGGCCACCAAGUGGACCCCCAGAGGCUACCCAGCCGACGUGGUGCAGAUCUCCCUGACCUUCGGCUUGAGCAUUGCCACCACGGCACAGAUCAUCGGGCACCUGAGCGGGGGGCACCUGAACCCAGCGGUGACCCUGGGGCUGUUAGCCGGUUGCCAGGUUAGUUUGCUGCGGGCUAUCCUCUACAUCGCCUCGCAGCUCCUGGGCUCGGUAGCUGCCAGCGGUCUGCUCCUGGGACUCACUCCCUCAUCCAGGAACAGCACCCUCGGACUCAACGCU